UCAGGUUUCAUUAUCAAUCUUUCAUCAUUAUCAUCAUCAUCAGCCAGACAGGACGAGCCUAUAGGCUCAAUUUGUCCAAUCCGGUCAAAGACAGAAGCACACCGCGCAUCCAACUAGAUUGGACAAUGGCCAUGAACUGGAUUAGGGCGUAUUUUAUUCCCAAUUAGGAGCCGUCCGGUAGUAGUUCGCGCGCUGUGAUUCGAUACUACUGUUGCGAACAUGGGUUCAAAGCUGCCGGCGUCAGUAGCUGCAGGGGGGCGUUGCGACAACAAACCACUGCAUGCUGCAAGCUCAUCACCAGAUCACUUGCAGCUUAAUCAAAUCGCAACGCUGCGCCUCGCAGGGCGCACCCCUCAUGUUCGCCGAGGAGAUAAGCUGAGAUGAGUCGCGUCCGGUUCGCCCUUUGGCGCCCAGUAAGAUUUGCUUUUGCAUAGUAAAUCCACUUCGAAGCGCAACAAGAACAAUGGCUGAAGUUUUGAGUGUUCUUUCAGCUACCGCACAGCUUCUCGAUCAGGCCAUUCGGGUCCUAGGACGGAUUCGCAAGGCUCGCCAGCGCCAGAAAGCACUCCUCGAUGUCAUCGCCCAACAUGAAAGCGAGCUCAGCAGCGUCAAGGCCAUAAUCGGUAUCAUUAUAGACGAAGAAAGUUUGCGUACCGCUUCCGUUUGUUCCGAAGUGGUGAGGCUGAGAGGUGUGCAGGAUAAGCUGGUCAAAUUGCUCGAGCAAUUAGACCCCAGACUCAAAACAUCGGCGCAGCAAUUCUCGCACCAGUUGAAGAAUGGAUCCUCUGACGAGAGCAAGAUGUAUGCCAUCAUGAAUGAGCUGGGUCAGGUGAAGUCCAUGUUGCUCCUCCGUAUACAAGUCGCCAACGUUGGAGUGAUGCGCAACGUGCAGCAAGGGCUUGUUGCCAACACCGAAGUGAUUGCGCGAGUCGACCGGUUUCUAAAAGAAGAAUUCAGUGGUUGCGAGGGUCUUAGAAUCGCACGAUUGCUUCAGGGACGACGUCCGUCAAACGAUGGCACUGUACCACUAACACCCGCUGACUGGAGUUCGCUCAGAGAUGCCGCCGACGACCAGAACAGGGACAAUGAGAUCAUUGUCGACGAUUCGGAUUCGUCCACGGGCUCUGAAACCAAGAAGCGAGCGUCGAUAGAGCGGAUUAUUCUAAGUAAUAUGGCCAAGAACCAAGCGAUACAAAUCAACGCUCCUCUUGGAAAAGACAUAUGGAAAAAUGUUGACCGGAUAGUCAUUAAGAACAACAUCGCUGAACACGAUGCUGUUCAAAUCAACUACAACAACACACUCGAGGAUACGAUGGCGUUGAUGACAUUGAGAAGCAAGCUCAAUAUCGCAGUACAGCAAAACAAGUCGUCACACAUACGUUUCGACAGUGUAAUGAGCCCAGCAUGAAGAGAUUUGGCCGUGGGGAUGGGGCAAAAGCAAGAUAAUGCUGGUGUCACGGAAUCUUGAAGAUAAGCGGAGGAUAUCAGCGCGUCAAAAGGCGUCGCAGGGGUUCAGCAUACCGACGUUGAGAUAGUAUCAUGUAAUGAAACCAUAAG